AUGAUAGAAGAAUGCUUGAAUUUUAUUCUAUUUUUAUGUGGGACUUUAAAACCCUCAGGACUCUCUGCAAUUUAUUUGGCAUUUGGCAUAGCAAUUUGAUUGAUUCUCCUGCUUACAGUUCAAGUUCCACGCGCUGUUUACAAAUAUUUAGGCAUUUCUAGUGUUUUACUGAAUUUAUGGAAAUUAGUUAUGCUAAUCAUAUUUUAUUCUGACAAAAAUUCAACAUUCUUCUCUGACCACAAAGAAACUCUGAAGAUUCUAGGAGUUUUUUAUCAUAACACAAGCGAGCUCAACUAUGUAUCUGCUGCAUCUUUUUAUCCUGACUUAAUGGCAUUUCUUGUUAGCUUGAUUGGGUAUUAUUAUGGAAAUACGAAACUUAAGCUCAGCAACAAUUUCAGAAGGAUGCUUAAUUUAUUUUUAACCUUUUCAAUGGUGAUGGCAAGCUGUAUUUCAUCAUUUUCUUUUGUGAAUGUACUUUAUAUCAUUAUAGCAAUGUAUUGGGUUUUAACUUGAAGCUAUGGAAUUUACCCUAGGCUAUAUCAGCUAGGAUGCAGAGUUAUAUCAUUUGUUACAGUAAUACAGAUCCUUACUUCUUAUCUCUACAAUAUGGUUUUGCAUAAUUAUUUUUCUUCUGUUGAUGCAAUUCGCUAUGGAAUUAUAUUACCUACCUACAGUGACUAUUUUAAUUUUUUGGUCGUUUUUGCGUUGCAUGGAUUUUCUACUGUCUACGCAAGAAGAGCUUUACUGAAUCCAGAUGAGCAUAGAGCUGUUUUAAUACAGCCUGAAGAGGAAAUUAAAGAUAAUGAAGAAAAAAAUUUUAAUUCAACGCUUGAUGAUGAAGAUUUAAAUGAUUCUGUCCCUUUUGAGUUAUCAAGAUCUCUAUUGCAAGCUCCAAAACCGUCUUUAGAAGAGUUUUCGAGAGCGUCGCAGAUACCUGAAGUUUUACAACCACCUUCUCCUCCUAAAAAGAAGAUGAAAAUUUCUAAAAUUCCUCUACAAAUCAUCAAAUUUAUUUAUGCUGUCAUUUUUUCAUUUUCAUUUCUAUACUUAGUAGCGCGAUUUUUACUAUUUUUAUGGAUUUUUCAUUACAUGAGUAUUUUAGGAUGUUUUGAGAUGCUGUGGCUAUUUUACUCUUUGAUAGACGAUGAUGAUAGUCGAACGAUAAAAACUGUCAGAUAUAUCUUAUGUCCAAUGCUAGUUAUUCAGUUUUUUACUACUUAUGUCCUCAAUAUAUUUGAUAUUAAUCCUAAUAGUCAGUACGGAUUCCCUAAGCUGGUUUUUCCAGCACUCGAUGUUGGUUUUCAGCUUUUAACUAUUUUUUUAUUUUUAUAUCUCACAAGAUCAAUCCGCAAAAUGAUCAAAAAGCAGGCAAAAACUGAUGGAAACUCAUCUUGAGAAAUGCUAUUAACCAUAGUUUUACAGAACGCAGACAAGUUUUCUAUAAGCGUUUUAUUUGUAGUCGGCCUCUCUGCUAUAAAUUUAGUUCAUACAGGAUUUAUGAUAAUUUGCUUGUUUUUCAUGCUAAAUUUUAAUUUAGCCAAAAAGUUUUGGAUUGUUUUGGUGAUUUAUACAAUGACUGUCCUCUUUAUAAGAUACUUAUGGCUGCUUAUUUUAUCUCUUAUUAAUAAGGAUAGCUUAAAUGAGACAUUGCUAGAUUUCAUUGGUCUUCCUAUAGAAAAUAAUGCUAAAGAUGACAAAGUAAAUAUUCUUCCUUAUGAUUUUUUAGUAUGAGUACUAUUAUUUUCAGCAGCCAUGCAAUUAAGGGCUUACAAGGCAACUAUGUUUUCUCUUGUUUAUCAUCAGUUUACAAGGGAAGAAUUUGCUAAAAAUCAUCCACUUAUUAUGAAAUCUAUUAUGAAAAUGUAUAGAUGGUAUUAUAAAGUAGAAAUGUGGGCAAUUUAUCUGUUUAUCUUUCUACUUUUUUUGAUAGCAAAAUUAAAUUGACUAAACUUUGCAAGAAUGGUUUUGGGAUGCGGGUAUUUGCUUAUUCAUUUAUAUGGAAAUUUGAACGAAAUUUCAAAAAAUUAUAUGAAAGUUAAGUCCAUAUGGCCUAUAAUUGUGUAUUAUAGUGGAAUUUUACUAGUAACCAGGUACGUUUAUCAGUUUAUUCCUUUUAUAAAAGCUAUUAAACAUUAUAAUUUUUCUUUUAUUGGGCUCGAGGUUUAUAGUUCGAGCGAUUUAUAUGAGAGUAUGGUCACUGAUUGCUUAUUAUUGAUUUUUACUGUAUUGGGCUCCAGGUCACAUAAAAAGGACGAUGUAAAAUUUCGGCCAUCUACCUCUGACCAAUUUGAGGAUGUUGGACUUAUACAAGGGCUUAUCCAAGCUAAUAUGUCUAUUAUUGAACAAGAUAUUGGGCAAAAUUCUUAUUUUAAAUUUAUUCACCCUUGGUUUCAGCUUAUAAUCUUUUUAGCAAUUUCUAUAUUGGCAUCACAGUGGAAGCUUUCAAUUUCUAUGGGAGCUUAUAUUGCAAUAAUAGAAAUUUAUUAUUUUUUCAAUACUUUAUAUAUGUCAGAGUAUAUUCAAAAAAAAUCAUCUCUUGACUCUGAAAAAGAGUACUGAUACCGUUCGUUGCUAUGAACAGCUUUAUUUAUAGCCACUCUAUGCAACUUAAUACUCUCUUACUUAGGAUUUAUAAUAAACAAAGAUUUCAUGGGCGAUAAUUCUGAUAAUAUUUUAUGGUUUUAUGUAUGGAUUGGAUAUGAGAAGCCUGAUGAAAGUUUUCUAAUAAAAAAUUGUUAUGGCUACUUAAUACUACUCAUUUUUCUAGUAAUUGAAAUUAAAUUAAAUUAAAUUAAGAGUCGUAAAGUCUUCCAGGUUUGAUAUUUCCGGAUGCUUUUGACCAAUGUCAAUGCUUGCCGGCGGAAAUUCAACCGCUAUUUUGGAACAGUGGCCUUCUCUCGGAAUAAGGCUUCACUUUGGAGUGUCAAUGGAUAGGGAUAUUCCUAGUCAGUAAGUCAUCGGGCGCUAUGGAAGUAAAGGUUAGCCCAAUAACCCCUUUCAGUCACCUUUGAGAGAGGUGGCACAUAGAUAAAAAGGAGCCCUCAAAAAUUGGAAGGUAAAAAGCCAUGCCCAAAACUAUCUGGACGACUAAAUCCUGAUCAUGGAAUAGCCACCAGCCGACUCCCAAGGCCGCCCCACAAAGCCCCAUAUUCCGAUGGGCAAGGGUUAGAAGCAAAAGAUUCAACCUUGAUUUAGUCGCUAAAGUGACUUUUGGUGGUGCAUCGUCAUCAAGGACAUAUUUAGUCACGACCACCAUACUAAUUAUUAGCAAUUGAAAGGCAUUGCCUUGAGUUUAUUUUGUUUGAAAAAGUCCUUUUGAGUGAUGAAGAAAAGCUUCAGGCGAAGAAAAGCAAAAUUCUCGUGAAGUUUUUGAACUUUUUAAGGGUAUUAGCAGAAGCAUUAGUUCCUAUGUUUAUCCUUUUAAUUGCAUUCAGCAAAUUAACAUUUGUUAGUGUGAUAUAUGUAAUUGGGGUAUUUUUAUCAAUUUUACUAGGAACGACUUUUACAAGAACAAAAUUUUUAAAUUAUUUAUUGCUCACUAUGACACUUGUGCAAUAUGCUUUACUUGUCGGAAACCUACAAAACAAAAAUUCUCCCACUUCUCUACCUGCUGACAGUCCAAUUAAUGUUCCAUGGUACCUGCACAAAACAUGGGAAAAUGAUGAUGUCCCAGUAUUUUUUGGCUUAGGAACCAGUAUAGGCCAGCUUCACAGCAUUAUAUGGGAUUUAUUAACUCUAUUAUUUUUAUAUAUCUAUUACACAUUUCUGUCAGCCAAAGAAAAUGAGCUUGAAAUGCUUGGUGAUGAGGAAGAAGUGGUAGAUUUGUCAAGUUCAGAAAAAAGUCAUAGGCAGAGCGAAAAAGAAAAAAGUGAGGAAAGUAAAAGUGAUGAAGAAGAGGAAAAAAUUGAAGUGGAAAAACUUGAUAUUUUUAAAGACUCACACUCUCUUGAGAAGAUUGAAGAAGCUAAAGACACUUCGCUGGAGUCUUCUAGCUCGAAUAGUUCUACUGGUUCUAUUGAUAGAUUUUUAGAAGAAUCUAAACAGCAACAUUCAAGAGUCCCCAGUGCAGCUCCUGCUAGGAGUGAAACUUCCCAUCAUUCGCUUCCUCAGAGCCUCCCACAAACAUUUAGCAAUGCUCCAGAAAUCAACAGGAAUUCUGAAGAAAUCCCAUUUGGGACCUUUGAUACCGCUAAAUUUGACACCGUAAAGCCAGAACCCUCAAAAUUCAACAAAGAGAUUCUUCUGAAAUUCAAAAGCGCAUUUUAUAACUCUUCUCAUUUCCUUAUCCUUCCAAUAGUGCUUCUAUUUAUUUCUCAAAGCCAUGGCCUGAUAUCUGGAGUUUAUUGCUUAUUUUGCUUGAUUUUUAUAUACAAAUCAAAUGAAAUCAUAAAAAGUGAAAAGAGCUGAAACCAGUAUUUGAAAAUCUUAAGGAAUUAUUUUUUGAUUUUUAUGCUAAUUGAUUUGACACUACAAAUUAUUUAUCAAUUGCCAGUUGAACAAAUGCAUUCUAGUAGCACGGCAACAGACUGAGUUGAAUCAGCCGGUCUAAUGCAACUAUGAACAGCUGGUGGCAAUAACCCAGACGAUGUGGAUAAUAAACAAUUGAAAAUAAAUUUCAAAAUUUUUACCUUUGCAUUCCUCUACAUGAUGUACAGGAUGAUGAAAAGUAAAGACUUCACCGAGCACAUGAAAAAACAGAGACAAAGCCUAUUAGAAGAAAGCAGAAAAAUAGGCUUAGAAAUAGCUCAUCAUUUCAACGACAAAAGGAUUGAAGAAAACAAAUCUUAUCAAGAAAAACGUAAAAGGUUUGAAAAUGAGCUAUUAAAACUUGACCAGAACGUCAAUAAAUGAAGCAAAAAGUUUUACGGAGGAAAUGAAAGCAAAAAAAGCUCUAUUGGAUAUAUGUUAAGGCAAAGAGAUAGGAGAUUUACCUCGAAAAUAAGAUUUUCAAGGGCAAGCGGUAUUGGCCAGCCUUCUUCAUCUGCAGCUCCAUUAGAAGCUGUGGCUACUGAGCAAAAAGAAUCCUUUAAAAUCCGCUUCCAAAACCUGCUGAUAAACUUGAUCAAUCCUGUGAUUUUCAAAAACUAUAUCAAAAAGCUUAAAGAGCACGAAAAGAAAAAUAUAUCGCAGGAUGUUACUCCUAUUAAAAUUGAAGAAAUUAGGUUUCCUGACUCUUCGCCUAUGGGAGAGCAAGAUGAGCUAGAAGAAGAAGUCAAUCUUAAAGAUGAUCUGCCAAAGCAAAGAGCUGAAUAUGACUUGACGUGGAAAAAUUAUAUUGUACUGAUAGCAUAUGCAAUUGCAAGCAACACAGAAUAUUUAGUCAUUCUGUUUUUCUUCGUGAAUCACUUUGUAUAUGCCAGCUUGGAGUCUGCUGUUUUUCCGUUAUCUGUGCUAGGCUAUGCGAUGCUUGAGUACCCUCGGCCUCCUGCUAGGUAUUUUAGAUAUAUGCUUUUGUAUACCAUUAUUGUAUUUUUUAUCAAAUACUGUUUACAAUUCCAACUGUGAGGGUACGUAUUUGCGAACCUGGAUAAAUAUGAAGAUACAUAUAAAAUUGGGUUUAACCUGGCUUCAAAUACUUAUAGCCAGAAUUUAUUUGUUUAUAUUUUCUGGGAUGUUGUAGUCAUGCUUUUACUGAUUUUCCACGAAUAUUACUUGCUUAGGGUAGGGUUAUGGCCACAUACAGAAUUUGAUUUAGAAAGCUUAAAAGAAGCAAAAAAAAGGAAACUCUUGGAAAUGGCUAACGAGGAAACAGUUGAGCAGUCACAAAUCCAAAUUCGGCCAUUUAAAGAGCCUCAAAGAUCUCUUUACCAAAAAAUUCGAGCUUUUUAUGGAAGAAUUUUACCAAGAAACAAAGAAGAAAAACCUGGCUGAGAUUUAUAUACUCCUACAGUGCUUGCCCAAUUACUUAUCUUUUUAUAUAUUUUGUGCUUCUUUUCUGAUAUGGAUGGGCAAUCUACAAAUAUAUCAAGAUCCUUUGUGUAACCUUUAUUUAGUGCCAAUCAAUUUUCUGGAAGAAUGGUUAUAGCUCUGAUUUUACAAAUGGCAGCAAUAAUUUUCGAACGUUUUUUAUACCUGACUCGCACAUCCCAAGCAUUAAAAUUAGCUUUACUAAGACUGAGUAAUGUAAAAAAUGAAGAAAUUUGUCAAAUACAGUGGGACAGGCCUUUACAAAUAAAAUUAUUGUGGCAUAUUUUGCUCCUUUUGACCAUUCAUUGGCUUGUUUUUUGGUAUUUUCCACUAUAUGGGAAUUAUAUGAUGGUGGGAGAAUAUAACUGCCAAAGCAAAUAUGAUAAUGAAAGAUGCAACAAUUUUCAAAUAAAUUAUUCGCUAGAAGGCUUCUAUGUUCUCUAUAUGAUUUAUUUCAUAAUAGCUUCUUUACAAAUCCAGCAUGGUCUACCAAGCUUUAGAACUGGAUCUUUUCCUUUACAAAGAAAUGUAUCAAGUGGAUCUCGAUAUGGGUUUUUGCUGUAUAGAGCACUACCAUUUAUAUUUGAGUUGAGGACAUUGAUAGACUGGACUGCGACAAAAACUUCGUUAGACAUUUUUCAGUGGUUUAAAUUCGAGAAUAUAUAUGCCCGUCUUUAUGUAACACAAGUGUCACAACGGUGAUAUGGCUCUCACGUCCGCGGACAGCCUAUAGAGGCUGCCUUUGAGUAGCGCUCUAAGCGCCCGAGACUUCCCGACGAAGUCUGGGCGGUGGUUUGACCAGCUGAUGUUGGUCAAACCAGCAUCCAAAAUGACAAAUUCUUCUCAUACAGAAGGUUUGUCAAAUUGGAUGCUGGUUUGACCAACAUCAUCUGGUCAAACCACCGCCCAGACUUCGUCGGGAAGUCUCGGGCGCUUAGAGCGCUACUCAAAGGCAGCCUCUAUAUCAAAAAGGGCAAUAAAAUAGCGAAUGGCUGCAUUGUAUUGAUUUUUUUAUUAUGUAUCAUACUAAUGCCAUUACUUAUAUUCAGCUCACUAAAUCCUAUUAUAGAAUCCAAUGGUGUGAAAUCGUUAAGCGUAGAAAUAGGAACGAUUGUGGAUGACAAUAAUUAUUUUAGGCUUUAUUUAGCUUCAAGAGUUAGUGAUAUGCAUUAUAUUACUACAAAAGAGUGGAAUGAAAACAAAUUUAACAAACUCAGAACGAUACAAGCGGCAGAUAAAGACCUUAUGCAAAUUAUAGUUAUGCCUACAAGUGCAGAUACUGAAUGAAACAUGACACCGCCAAGUCAGCAGCAGCUAUGCAAUAGUCUGGCUGAUGCCUUGGGGCCUAAAAAAACUACGAUUGAGCUGCAAAUUACUUAUACUUUCGUCAGAAAAUACCCACAAACUGUCCAAAGAAUAUCUGAGGAGGUCUCAUACCCUUUAUCAAUUGAGCAAAUCCUUGAUUUAAAUAGCGUAAUUUGUCUAGGUUUUACCAAUAGCUUUUCAUAUGAGAAAUUUGACCGAAUUAUAUAUAGACUUCCAAGUGCUGGUAGUAGCAUUUCACCUGAUCCAAUUGAGGCUACCAACAGUGUACCAUAUGAUUUAGUCAUGAAUUUAAAUAAAACAGAUACUAAUGGCUUGUUCUGGGAAGUCGGAUUUCUGGACUCCGCUAAAAAUUUUGUAGGGAUGAAUAUUGUUACUAUCAGUGAAAAUUAUAGCCCUGUCGCUUUUGGGUUUUCUGUCAUAACUUUUUAUGUAUCUGUAGUAUGACUCCUUGGAAGAAUCAUAAGGGCGACACUGGCUAGUGGAGGUAGCACUGGAGUAUUAUUAACUGAUAUGCCUGAUCCAGAACCACUAAUCAAUUUAUGCUCUGGGGUUUAUUUGAGUCGAAUGACUGGAGAUUUAUUGAGAGAAGAAGAACUGUAUUAUGAGUUGAUUGAUAUUUUGAGGUCACCUGAAGUUACAAAGAUGCUGACAGGAAGAAGCUCAAUAAAAGAAAAAAGUGAUUAG